UCUUUUUCUAUUUGUAGGUAGAGACAUGGCUUCUUUGGUAUUCAUAAUAACUUUUCUCUUGAUGGCGCCUCAGUUGAAAUCUAUUCCAGCCGAAAACAUCACGGAAGAUGAUGGGAUGAUAAUGGAUGAUUUAAUGAAAACUGAAAUGUGUCCAGAUACUAUCAAAGUCAGGUGGGAUGAGCUCCUUGCUCGAGAACCCCACGUGAUUAAACAAGUCAGCGGUAAUGAAACUUCCUACGAUGGGUUGUUUCCAUUAAACUUGGUUUUUAUGAUAUCAAGCUGUUGUUCAUCAACUGUGAUUAAAUACGUUGACGCGUAUCAGGCUGACAUUGUACUUCCUGUGAUUCUCAACUACAAGGAAAGUGGCCUAAGUUCUCAGAGCAAAGUGGUUCCCAUACUUCCUAACACUGGAGUCGCAUUUGUCGUCAAGAGGGCUGACAGAAAACACCUCCCCAUUAAAAUUUUGUCCUCCAUCUUCAGCUCUUGGCCCGUGCUGGUGUUAACACUGUUAUUGUCGGUGUUAGCAGGAAUCGUUGCCUGGAUACUGGAUACUAGGCAAAACACAGAGGAAUUUCCACUGAGCUUCGUUCAAGGAUCAUGGGAAGGCUUUUGGUGGGCUUUUGUGUCCAUGACAACAGUCGGAUAUGGUGAUCGCUGCCCAAAGACUAUCUCUGGGAGACUGUUUGCGAUCGUCUGGAUCUUAACUGGGAUUUGCAUGUGUUCCAUCUUCACUGCCAUGCUAACAACCUCUCUAACAACAAUCAGCUUAGACACUAUGAUUCCCCUCCCUCAGGCAAAGGUAGCGGCUCUAUUUGGCUCAAUUGAGGCUACGACAGGCUUUCAAAGACAAGCUCAAGUUAGACGAGUCCACAGCAUUAAAGAGAUCCAAGAAGAAAUUUUGGAAGGGAAAGCCAUAGGAGGACUCAUGGACAGCUUCACCUUGGAUCAUUAUCGAGACUAUUUCCCAGCAAACGAAUUCAAAGUACAAGAAGUCAUCUCUCAAGAAUACCUUGAAUAUGGUGCACUGAUCGAGAACUCUUCACUGGUUAGCCUGGUCAAAUGUUUGAAAAACCUGCGCUUUUCGGAGGAGUCCGAAAUGUAUGAAUACGCUGAGUUGUACAUGGGCAAGUCCAUGAAGAGUGGCCUAGAGGAGUCAAUGACGUCAGGUGAUCAAACAAUAGGUGUAGAUCCAGAAGGUCUACUAUUUUACCCAGCUUUGUUCACUUGUCUGGGGAUUCUCACAUUCUUUCUCAUCUCCGGUGCAACCUGGGAAAUGUGCCGAAGGACACGGAUGCGAAAAAGUGAGCGAGGAGCCAACGAAUGACGUUUAAUUUGCCCAAUACGUCUCCUUCACCAUAACCACCACUGAGUUUCUACAGCGUUGCUGUCAAAAGGUUGUUAAGAGGCGUUGGAGUUGAGGCACUUGAUGAAACGACUUUGCCUCGCUGAAGCCGACUUUUUAGCGAUGGAUUAUUUCCUCCUUUUAAAAAUGCAGAAAUAUCAACCUAUCGUCACCAGUUAAGCUAAGCAACAUUUUUUAAUUUCAGCCACCAAAAAGCUAGAAUUCCUGGUAUCCAAUACGAAUGACACUGAAACACAGAAAAGGACAGCUUUGCUCAGGGAAUUUGAAGAACAGGUUGCUGGAGACGUCAGGAAAGCACUCAUGUCUUUGCGGCAGAAAUUUAGUGACCGUUUCCUACUCCCCGAAAAAAACUGCAAUAGCGAGACUCAGAAAACCUGGGCGUCAGUUUAGAGCUGAUGAACGUUUUAACACAAUAUGUUUACACCAAUACUCAAUUAGCUAACCUCUAGAAGGACACGCUGAGCAAAGAGCAAGCACAGUUGUAGACUUAUAGACUCUUUACUGUCUGUUCUUAACUAAGUUCUCUUUACUAUGAUCUUUUCAAUGCGUGUUAGUUGUGUAGAAGAUGCAGGAGUUGCGAGUUAACUAGAGGAAAUCUGUCGGUAAUCUAAAACCUGGCAAUUUUGAAAGAACAAAGGAAGUGGUUUGUCUCAAAUGUAAGCCUACGCUAAAGUGUAAGCUAGAUUGCCAAGGUGACGAGGCGUUAAAAAAAUUUUCAUGGUUGGACUGGUUCUCUCCGUCUUGAAGUCUUAACUGUCUCGCCCUUAAAAACCGCAGUUCCCAUAAAUGAUUCUCACUUAUUCCCUCUUGUUGAUCACUUUCACAUUCACGUCUCGCACUGGCACACUAGUUUGUGAUUAUAGAUGGAAAAUAAAAAAAAU